UUAUUUUGACAACAACACACAGGGAACCAGCAGUCAGUGAUGGGGAAUAGAGGAAGCCUGGAAGCAAGAAGCAAUCCUGGACUGCAAUAGGCACAAAUAGGGUGUGGAUGACCUAGACAGGAUGUUGGCACCUUGAGUUGUUGAAGGAAAAGUAGCUGCUGGGUGUUGGCUUUUUUCUACAGUCUCCUGGAUGCCUUUGUCCCUUGGAAACCACUUCACAGGAGUUGGGGGAGUGUAAAACCUACAAAUGAAGAGUGAUCCUGGAAGAGCUGGGGCGCAUGCUGGUGACCUCAGCCACUGAAUACCUCUGAACAACUUGGCACAUUUUAAUGAUCUGACCAUGAGACGGAGCCCGACGAGACCCCUGAUUCUCAAAAGAAGAAAACUGCCUUUUCAUCAAAAUGCGACUGAUUCACAGCCUGGAGAAUCAGGCUCCAAAGAACCAUCAAAACCAGCUGCCACUCAGUGCUUUCCUGGUGGUAUCCGCAUCAUGGACCAUCCAUCCAUGUCUGAUACUCGGUUGGUAUACUUUCCCGAAACAGCAGAUCUUCAAAGUGUUAUUGGGGCCCUCACAGCUAAAGGCAAGGAAUGUGGUGCCCAGGGCCCAAACAAGUUCAUUCUUCUGAGUGGAAGUGGAAGUGGCAACAAGUGGGACUAUGGACCUGAUUCUCAGUCUGCUGCUGAAGGGGCUGCUACAAGGAGUACAGAAGGACAUAAAGUGAAAGCUGAAACUACACGCAGUUUCCCAGUGAAUAAGGAUGUCAAUUACGGUCCUUUAGAUGACAGCCUUGGUAGGAUGAGCACAUGUGACUUGGAGCCAAAUUCUACAAAGCAGCUCAGCAGCAAGGAGAACCAAAACCCUUUACAGACUUUUCAGGCACACAAUACACAUACCAGUGCAGAAGCUCCUCAGCAACCCAUUUCAGAGAGGCCACCAUACUCCUACAUGGCCAUGAUCCAGUUUGCUAUCAAUAGCAGAAAGAACAGGAGGAUGACCCUCAACGAGAUUUACUUGUGGAUUGAAGACAAUUUCCCUUACUAUAGAGAUGUGGGCAAAUUAAGCUGGAAGAAUUCCAUCCGCCAUAACCUCUCUCUGCAUGACUUGUUCAUUCGUGAAACGUCGCCAGAUGGUAAAAUGUCUUUCUGGACUAUCCGACCUGAAGCCAAUCGAUGCCUCACACUUGAUCAUGUGUACAAGCACCAAAAGAGGACACUUCCAGAUGCAAGAAAAAUGCCAACUAGCUCUGAGAGAAAGAUGAAACCUCUUCUGCCUCGAACCGAUUCCUACUUGGUGCCCAUACAGCUCCCUGUCACGCCUUCUGUCUAUCUGCCAUCCACUUCUACUCCUUUUCCUCCACCCUUCUCCCAGCAGAAUGGGAACAAUUCACGAGGAGCAAAGAGAGUCCGCAUAGCACCGAAGGUGACACAAAGUGAUUCCCCAGCUGUGAUGAUAUCUCCUCAGAAGAAUACGGACUUUAAGGUAGAAGUGAAGGAGGAGCUGGUAUGUGUUCCAAUUAAAUGCGAGACCCCCAAAGCUCCUUCAAAGAGACAAGCCAGCAGCUCACGGCGCAAACAAUGUUUGGUUCACUCUGUGAAUGAAGAGCCUGUUCUCCUCUGCCACGAAAGUAAUUUCUUUGACUCUGGCGUAGCCUCCGAUGCUUCGACAUUCCAGGACAGUCUACAUAUUGAGCUGGAUGAAGACAAGCACGAGCAGGAAAGCCCAGAUAGGGAGUUCUCAUUCAAAACCCCGAUAAAAAGUAGCAGCCAUUUCACCUUGUCCACCCCCAGCAAGCCACCUUCUUAUGUUGCGUCUUUUAAAGUGACCCCGGUUGGCAAAGGAAGCCAAAAUAUUCUGCACUUGAGCCCUAUUUGUGCACCGGGUGGUCCUACAGUUACUCCACAACAUGACAGCACCACCUUCAGCUUCAGCAGCACUCCCUUUAAAGACUUGCCUCUGUUUAACUCCCCAAGAGAGCUGCUCACAUCCGCUCCCUCCAGAGUGACCGGACCAGCAGAGUCGCCCACCGAAUGCCUCAAAAGUAGCUGCUGCAGAGAGCUCCUGCAGGGAGGCGGUUCCACAGCAGCCAAUCGCUCAAUCACAGAGGGCCUGGUUUUGGAUACCAUGAACGACAGCCUGAGCAAGAUAUUGUUGGAUAUUAGCUUUUCUAGUCUUGAUGAUGACGACCUUGGUAUCAGCUGGUCUGACUUAAUCCCUCAGUUGAAAUAGCCAGAGGGCCGAAACGCAUUCUAUGGCUAAGCAGUGUCACCUGUUUCUUUUUCCUUUUGUUUUCUUUGUGUAAACACUACGUGAUUAGGCCCACACCAAAGCAGCAAGGCAGAAACAAAUCUAGAUCUGACACUAUUUAAACCAUCCGACUUUUCCAUAUUGAAGAGGAUUUCUCUUAAUAGAAAGUGAGGCUAUUGGCGUAGGAAGAAAUUUCUAGUGCUCUAGAAUGCUCUAAUUUACUCUGGUUGUCAAAUAUUCAGAAACAUAUCUUUUAAAUUUCUUAUUGGAGACUUAUUUGGACCUCCUUUUUGCGGUAGUUUAGGAGCUUUUAGCUUUAAGUUUCUGUUACAUCUGCUUUGCUGCUGGAGGGUUCUGGCUACCACAUAAGGGGGAAAAUGGAACAUUGAUAAUUAGAUUGCAGGGAUGAUCCAGUUUCAAUUACUGUUUGAUGUUUUUACCUUCUCUGAGUUUUUCAUUCUUUGAAAUCAAUAAUUGCCUCGGUGCCACUUCUUUUUCUUUGAAUUUCUUCACAUAUUUGGGCCUCUUUGUGUUUUAUAGUUUUCCUUUUUUGUCUUAUUUGUCUGUCUUCUUGAAGGACAUGCAUAAGACGAGAAAUAUGCAAGUGUAUAUGUAUGUUGAUUUGCACAUUUUAAUAUAUAAAUUAGCUUCUGCACAAAUUUUAAAGUAUGUGAUAUUUUCUGAUCAGUCAGCAAGAUGCUUCACUGCAGUUUGAGUCAGCGUCUUAGAGCUGACUUAGAGUAAUAGAUUGUGAUGGAGGAUUGCUAGUAAUAGGCCUUGACAAAUAGCACUAACAGGAAUAGGACUGUUUCUUUAUCUAACUGUAGAACUGUCUUUAUCAUAUGACUUCAUAAAUUCUCACAGUAAUUGUCCUUGUGUAUGCAGGAGUGAAAUGUUGUGGUUUCUAGCAGUUUUCAGACCUUGUACUUUCCUCUGUUGACUAAACUUGGUGUUUCCAAGACAACAAUCAAUGUGUUGGUGCCUCAUAUAACAUCAGGAUUUUUAGUCAUGUUUUUGGCUAUAAGCAAACUUUGAUCUGUUGUCUUGCUCAGAUCAAAUUUAAUUCAUGUGUAGAGACAAGGUGCAAUUUCUACACCCUGAAAUAUUCUUCAAUACAGCAAUGAACCCUUUUGCACAUAGUGUAUUUUAUUUGAAAAACUGUAGCAAGACUGCUUAUUUCUGUUUAUAUUUCAAUAAAAGUUUAAACUGUCA